AAAUGAGUUCAAACUUGACCAGUAAUGAGAUGUCAUCAACAUCUGCAAUUGUAGAGCCCCCGGAGGCUGUGAAGGGAAAUGAAAGGGAUAAGUCCACUCGACGAUCGACAUCUCAAGUGGUUCGACCGGAAAAGCACGAAGUUGAAAAUGCAUUGGAAGAUCAAUGCUCAUCAAGCAGCUUACCAAAAGAAGCUCAAUAUUAUGCAAAACUCGACAAAAAGCUAGAGGGCAAAGACCCCCGAUCUCAGUUCUACGAAGCGGUACGCCUGUCCGCCGACAUUUUUGCUCAUAAAUUCGAAAAAGCCGUGUGCUCCCGCCAAACGUUCGAGCCGACCAACUCCAUCAUCAAAGUGCUCAACACUGCCGAGGAGGAGAUGCUCCACGAGAAGGUUGUCCCACUACCAGUCAGCUCAAAGCUCCAAUACUAUCUCAACCGGGGACGUUAUGAUACGAUAUUCGAUCGUGAUGAGCAAUUGCAAAGGACUGCUGACCCGAUGGCCGACGAGCCGGAUCAUGUGGAGAAGCGGGUGACGAGCAUUUUGGAGCAAGCUUCUCGAGAGAUGGAAGAAGGGGAAGUCGAGCCGGUGUUCUAUGAUGGAUCUGAUGAGGAUCAGGAACUUCCGAUUGAUCUAGGAGCUAUGAGAAAUCUGCAAAGAACCAACAAGUUCGCGGCUCGCUCGAGCAGAAUGGCAGCUCGGAGGGGAGGACGGCCCGGCUAUCGUGGUGCUUUCAGAGGUGCAGCUCGCGGAGCACCUUCUAGAAGACCUGCACCAGCUGCAGAGGUGGCUCCAGAGACUCCAGUAGCGGCUCCGAUGGCUCCAGCGGCUCCAGCAGCUCCUGCAACACCUGAAGCAGCUCCGGCAGCAGAAGUUAUGGACACAUCAAUUGCCACAGAGAUGCCUCAAGAGUCGGCUGUGGAUCUGUCAAAUGUGUCGGCGGCUACCGAGAUGGAUACAUCUAAAGAAGGAGAAGCGUCCAGACCGACUAGCGAGAAAAAAAAGUUUCAGAAAAUCCGCACAACCGAAAUGGACCGUCUUAUGAGCAUGGACUUGGGACCCAAGGAUGGUGGCCGAGUCGGCGAACUCGGCCACAUGUGGCCCGAAUCACGCCGUCGUCCUGCUGCACCCCUACCAGAGACACCUGCUGCUCAACCGAGAAAGUCUCUGCCAAGGCGAGCCGCCGAGAAGAAGAAGCCUGAAGAUUCGGACGCCGCUGAGGAGCAGGAGGUUGAGAUGGAGGUGGAUAACGACGCGAGCACAUCUACUCCAAGAAAUGCACGUGGAGGUAGAGGUGGUGGCAAUAGACGAGGAUCGAGAAGAGGUCAGAAGAGGACAUCUGGAGGAUCGGGGAAGCUCGUGGAGCCAAAGAAAGAGCCGGUCGACGAGCCAGCCGAGAAAAUCCCAAAAAGAUCCGAGGCAGCUCCAGAAGUUCCAGCUACUGCCACAACCAAAGAAGCCCCACCAUCCACCUCCAGCUCCCCACCGGAUGCUCCAGCUACCCCAGCCACUCCAGCUUCAUCCGACUCUCGGGAUUCCCCACGAAAGAUCCGGGCGAUGAUUUUCUCGCUUACCGGAUCCCCACCAGAGUCUGAAACUCCGCCAGUUCUGCAGCAAGAGCAGGUGAUCUCCACAGCAGCACCGACAGCCGGUCGCCAUCCAAACAUCAUUCAGCAGGUCCCGCACAUCAAUCGGAUCCCGCCACAACCGCUGAGACGUCUCACAGCUCCUCAGGCUCCACCAGCAUCCCAGCCAGAAGAGCCUCCAGUUCAGCAGACUGUUCCGGUGGUUAAAGUCGAAUUGGCUUCAGCUCCAGCUCCAAUCGUCAGGGAUCCACAGUCAACGGAGCCAGUUCCACCUGCGAUGCCUACACUUGUCGAGAACAACCACGAAGCUACGCUCAUUUUGCCGCCCAACAAGACAUCAGACUACACAAGGUGGAACGCGCAAGAUCUCAUCAACUGGGUUCGGCUUCUCAUCACCAACAACGUGGAUUCCACUAUUGCAAUUAUGGUUCGCGAGGAGUUUGACGGAGAAACGCUGGCCUGUCUUGUGUUGGACGAUGAUUUUCGAAAAGAGGUACCAAUUCCAUAUGGUCAUUAUAAGAAGAUGAAGAUCUAUGGGACUGAGGUGCUCAACCAUUAUCGUACGGAAAAGUAUCAAGCUGAUUUGAGAAAGUUCCAUGAGGAGUUGGCUGCCUGGAAGGCUCAGCAGCGUUAACUCUGUUAAUUUUUUUAUGUUAAUUUUAAUGUUAAAAUUAAUAUUUUUGUUGUUUUUUCUGACAUUUCAAGCUCUUGCAUAUUGACUCCUACCGCUUUACCCAUUCCUCGUUACCUAAUUUGGACCUACUUAGAUGAUAGAAAACUUUCAGCAGUUUUCUAAUUUUUAAUAAUUUUAAUUUUUUGUAAGUUGAUUGCAAUUUCUUUAACUAUUAAAUUCCCCUUUGAUACUCACAGAGACAUGUUUUAUAUUCUAUAAUCAAUCGAUUUUUGUCAUAAUACCCGUUUUACCCUUAUUUUUUCUGUUCACGUUUGCCCUCAUGAUUAAAUGUUUUUCGAGUUUUUUAAAUGUUAAUGACAUUUUGUAUAUGAAAAGUUAAAAAAUA